AUGAAUAUUAAUUAAUCUCAAUAUAGUUUCGAGAAUGAGAAACUGAAAAUAAAAAUCAAGUAUCUGGAAGAUUUUAUUGAGAAUUCCAACAAUUAUGAGAAAACAAAUUCACUCUUUGAUCUAAAACAAUUUCUAUCGAAAAAUUAUAAAAGAUUUAGCAUGCUAUUGGAUGAAAUCUACUAUUUAAAAUAACAAGUUGAAGGAGAAUAGAUGCAAAGAAUUAACGAGGCUUAGAAACUGUAAACUGAAAUUAAUUAACUCAGAAUCACAACUAGUUCACUUUAACAAUAAUUGUCUUAAUCACAACUUUAACUAUAAUAAUAAUCGCAAUAACAAUAACAAUAAUAAAUUGAUGAUAACGAAUAUGAUGUUUAUAGAGGGUCCUUGAAUCCAAUUUAAAGAUUAGAACAAAUUGAAAAUCUUGAAAAUACUAUCAAACAAUUAUCAGACGAAAUAGAGGAAAUUACUUAGCUCAAUAUAAAAUAAAGAGAGUAGUUAAAGAAGAAAGACUUUUUUAGAGAAUAUGAGUUGAUGUGCAAGGAAACAGAGGGACUGCGACAAUAAAAUGCUAAAUUGUUAGACUAAUUAAAGGCUUUCAAUUCUAACAGAACCAAUACCAAUUCGUCUAACUAAGGAAAUAUGAAUGGAUUUUGA